GGAGUGGCAGCUGCCGGAUCGAUGCCUUCGUCAGUUUGGUCGGGAGCAGUGCAUUCUGUUGGAAGUCCUCGAGAGUCAAAGGGCGUUUCACCACCGAGAUGGUCGGUAAGGUACUCACAAUUGGUCCACGAAGUUGGCGGAAAUGAUCGCAGUAUGGGAGAACCGACAACUUUAGGAUAUUGUCACUCCAACAAGUGUGGGUCGAAUGGGGUAUCAUGACCCAUACAUGGAUAGAUAUUGUCAAACAUCGGUUCGGUACGUGACUCCGGAGGGUGCGGCCGAUGGUGCAUUGGCUGAUGGGAUCGAGCGGAUCAAAGAGUUGACCCAUGGGAAACAUGAAAUGGGCCAAGAUGCGGUUUUGGCCCAGAAAUCUAAAAC